AUGCAAGUGUCGAGAUACCGGCAAGCACUUAAAGGGAUUCAAAGGAAGUCCGGCCAGAUUCGUUCCUGGAACUGUUGCGGCGUCGGUGGUGGAAAUCCUGUCACUGUCGUAAGGACUGGCCUAGGCCAGAUUCGUUCCUGGAACUGUUGCGGCGUCGGUGGUGGAAAUCCUGUCACUGCCGUAAGGACUGGCCUAGGCCAGAUUCGUUCCUGGAACUGUUGCGGCGUCGGUGGUGGAAAUCCUGUCACUGUCGUAAGGACUGGCCUAGGUGAGGAUCGAAUACCGUUGUCAUUUUCCAGUCGAUAUGGAUUAGCCUUCUUUACAGAAGGCGGAAAACCAUCUUCCGGCCAGAUUCGUUCCUGGAACUGUUGCGGCGUCGGUGGUGGAAAUCCUGUCACUGCCGUAAGGACUGGCCUAGGUGAGGAUCGAAUACCGUUGUCAUUUUCCAGUCGAUAUGGAUUAUCCUUCUUUACAGAAGGCGGAAUACCAUCUUCCGGCCAGAUUCGUUCCUGGAACUGUUGCGGCGUCGGUGGUGGAAAUCCUGUCACUGCCGUAAGGACUGGCCUAGGCCAGAUUCGUUCCUGGAACUGUUGCGGCGUCGGUGGUGGAAAUCCUGUCACUGUCGUAAGGACUGGCCUAGGUGAGGAUCGAAUACCGUUGUCAUUUUCCAGUCGAUAUGGAUUAGCCUUCUUUACAGAAGGCGGAAAACCAUCUUCCGGCCAGAUUCGUUCCUGGAACUGUUGCGGCGUCGGUGGUGGAAAUCCUGUCACUGCCGUAAGGACUGGCCUAGGUGAGGAUCGAAUACCGUUGUCAUUUUCCAGUCGAUAUGGAUUAUCCUUCUUUACAGAAGGCGGAAUACCAUCUUCCGGUACAGGAGUUUGGGUAAAGAUUUCCACGUUUUCAAAUCUUUUUUCGGUAGGCCAGAUUCGUUCCUGGAACUGUUGCGGCGUCGGUGGUGGAAAUCCUGUCACUGCCGUAAGGACUGGCCUAGGCCAGAUUCGUUCCUGGAACUGUUGCGGCGUCGGUGGUGGAAAUCCUGUCACUGUCGUAAGGACUGGCCUAGGUGAGGAUCGAAUACCGUUGUCAUUUUCCAGUCGAUAUGGAUUAGCCUUCUUUACAGAAGGCGGAAAACCAUCUUCCGGUACAGGAGUUUGGGUAAAGAUUUCCACGUUUUCAAAUCUUUUUUCGGUAGGCCAGAUUCGUUCCUGGAACUGUUGCGGCGUCGGUGGUGGAAAUCCUGUCACUGCCGUAAGGACUGGCCUAGGUGAGGAUCGAAUACCGUUGUCAUUUUCCAGUCGAUAUGGAUUGGCCUUCUUUACAGAAGGCGGAAUACCAUCUUCCGGCCAGAUUCGUUCUUGGAACUGUUGCGGCGUCGGUGGUGGAAAUCCUGUCACUGCCGUAAGGACUGGCCUAGGUGAGGAUCGAAUACCGUUGUCAUUUUCCAGUCGAUAUGGAUUAUCCUUCUUUACAGAAGGCGGAAUACCAUCUUCCGGCCAGAUUCGUUCCUGGAACUGUUGCGGCGUCGGUGGUGGAAAUCCUGUCACUGCCGUAAGGACUGGCCUAGGUGAGGAUCGAAUACCGUUGUCAUUUUCCAGUCUAUAUGGAUUAGCCUUCUUUACAGAAGGCGGAAUACCAUCUUCCGGCCAGAUUCGUUCCUGGAACUGUUGCGGCGUCGGUGGUGGAAAUCCUGUCACUGCCGUAAGGACUGGCCUAGGCCAGAUUCGUUCCUGGAACUGUUGCGGCGUCGGUGGUGGAAAUCCUGUCACUGCCGUAAGGACUGGCCUAGGUGAGGAUCGAAUACCGUUGUCCUUUUCCAGUCGAUAGGGAUUGGCCUUAUCGUCAACUUGGUGGGAUUGUGCUUCACGGCGGUAUAAAGUUUCGUCGCCGAGCAUCUCUUCCAGUUUUUUUAUAAUUUCGUUUGAAGCCUGAAGUGCGUCCCGGAGCUCCAGCAUUUCAAAGUGUGUUUUCUUUAGAUCUUGAGACAUAAAGGAGCCUCUCCAUUCCAAUUCA